GACCCAUUUUCUUCACUCUUCUUAUCACUUGGCUUUAGUGCCGUAGUUCAAUUUCUGUGGAAACGGCGGAUUUUCUGUUUUUUUAACAUCUCGUUAUUAGUUGUUUUUCAGUUAUUAAAAUUAUAUUUAAAAAAUGGCUGCUUCUACCAGAAUUUUGUCCAGAAUUGCCGUAUGUAACUUGAUGAGUGUUCGAUCAUCAUCUAAUUCAGUAGAUCCUCGAAUCUAUGCAGAAACUAGAAAAAAUUUAAAGUUGACCAAAGAAACUAAGAUUAUCUGUCAAGGUAUGACUGGUAAACAAGGUACCUUUCAUACGACUCAAGCUUUGGAGUAUGGCACACGAAUGGUUGGUGGUAUCUCACCGGGUAAAGGAGGAAAGACACAUUUAGGUCUUCCAAUUUUCAAUUCCGUUAAAGAAGCUCGUGAAGAAACAGGAGCCGAUGCCACAGUAAUUUACGUUCCACCACCCGGAGCCGCCAACGCAAUAGUUGAAGCUAUUGAUGCUGAAGUCCCAUUAAUUGUAUGCAUUACGGAGGGUAUCCCUCAGCAAGAUAUGGUCCGGGUCAAACACAAAUUGCUCAGACAAAACAAAUCUAGAUUACUUGGUCCAAAUUGUCCUGGAAUCAUUGCUCCUGAACAAUGUAAAAUUGGCAUCAUGCCCGGACAUAUUCACAUGAAAGGUUGCGUAGGUGUGGUAUCACGUUCAGGUACUCUUACGUAUGAAGCAGUUCAUCAAACGUCUCAAGUCGGUCUUGGGCAAACACUAUGCGUGGGUAUUGGUGGUGAUCCUUUCAACGGUACUGAUUUUAUCGAUUGUUUAGAAGUAUUCUUACAAGACCCAAACACCGAAGGCAUUAUUCUCAUUGGUGAAAUAGGUGGACAACAAGAAGAAAUGGCGGCUGACUACUUAAGUAAACAUAAUUCCGGUCCCAAAGCCAAACCUGUUGUAUCUUUUAUAGCGGGAUUGACAGCUCCUCCGGGUCGUCGUAUGGGUCAUGCGGGGGCUAUUAUUUCUGGUGGAAAGGGCGGAGCUCAAGAUAAAAUCAAUGCAUUAGAAAAGGCUGGAGUGGUUGUUACUAGAAGUCCAGCAGCUAUGGGCAUCGAGCUGUCUAAGUUGAUGAAGAAAUAAUAUGUUUGUUGUCAAUAGACAUAAGACACCGUUUAGUUUGGUGCUUAAUUUGAUGUCCAGUGUGUUAGACUUAUUAUUUAAUAUUUGUCCUCGUAAUUGGUAUAAAAUGCUUUAUUAAAAUUUCUUUGAAUCAAGUUUCCUAUUUCUUAAAAACAAUAGGCUGUUAUAACUUUUAAAGCAAUACUAUUUCUCCAUAUUUUACCAUUCAUUCAGAAAUGUAUUACUCAUCUUUUAAACUAUGCUAAAACGUUAAUAUUAUAUAGAAUAUUUGAAAUAGCACCAAAAACAUGUCAUUUUUGUAUGCACUGUUAUAAUUUUUUAAUUUUGAUCAAACAGUAAAAUUGUAUACUAGUUUCGUGUUACAAAUAUGUAUUAAAAUUAUUGUUUUUUUUAUGUAUAAUUCAUACUACCAUGUUUUGAAAUAAAGUUAUUUAUGUUAUGGUA